UUUAGUUUAAUUUAGUAGCGGGUUUUAGAAGCAGGCGAUAGCCCAGUGAGCCACAGCUCUAAAACCCUAAAUUGAAAUGGAACUUCAAAUCCUUUGUUGCGCUCUUCCUUCUCAACCACUUGAAUCCUCCAUUCAUCAUCGUAUACUAUCACAGUCACGAGCGAUUGGAACCUACGCUUCAUUCAGAAAUCAAAGACAAAGAUUUCGGUUCGGAAACGCAUCAAAAUGUUUAAAAUGGGUGAUGAAAGAGCCUUCGCUGUCGGGGUUGAACAAAUACCGAAGGCUUCUUAUACGUGCUUCUGAUUCCAAUUUAAAUGGUGGCUUGGAAGUUCAUUCAAACCGAAGUUCUAGUGUGCCUGUUACUACGUUUAACGGGGUGGAACCAUUUCAUGGUAAAUCAGGUUCUGUCUCUUUUUGUGGGUUGACACACCAAUCGGUAGAAGAAGGGAAAUUGGAAUCUGCCCCCUUCGAAUUAAAGGGUCGCACCUUCUUAUGGGUACUAGCUCCUGCCGCGUUCGUAGCAUCUUUGAUUCUGCCACAGUUCUUUGUUGACAAUGUGGUUGAGGCUUUCCUUGAUGAUGUCAUUUUAAUAGAUAUUGCGACUUCAUUCUUUCACGAGGUCCUGUUCUAUAUUGGACUAGCAACAUUCUUGAAUGUGACUGAUCGUGUCCAGAGGCCUUAUUUGCAGUACAGCUCAAAAAGAUGGGGUCUUAUCACUGGCCUCAGAGGAUACCUGUUCUCUGCUUUCUUCACAAUGGGUUUGAAGAUUAUUGCUCCUCUCAUUCUUUUGUUCGUGACCUGGUCAUCAGUUCGCGUUGCAGCAUUUGUUGCCAUUACUCCUUUUUUAGUUGGCUGCGUUGCUCAACUUGCAUUUGAGAAAGUUUUGGACAAUCGUGGGUCAUCUUGCUGGCCUUUAGUCCCGGUUAUAUUCGAGGUUUACAGACUGUAUCAGCUUACAAAAGCUGCUCAUUUUGCUGAGAAGUUGAUCUUCUCUAUGAAGGGGCUUCCUGCAACCCCUGAAUUAUUAGAACGAAGUGGAGCUUUGUUCGCAAUGUUAAUCACCUUCCAAGUACUGGGUGUUGUGUGCCUUUGGUCAUUGAUGACGUUUCUUUUGAGGCUAUUCCCUUCGAGACCUGUAGCAGAUCAUUACUGAGUUUAGCGUGGAUUAGGGGAGAGUUGUAUAUAUUUGCGUAGUCUUUAUAUCUGUAUUCUGUAAGACAUGAGCACUAUUGGUUGAUUAACAUCAAUGCAGGCUUUUCAUUAAAAAA